AUGGCCCGAUCCCACACCCUCGCCGGCGGCGCGCCGCUUUUGCGCGCCGCCGCCUCCUCCCCUCCACCACACUGCGCCGCCUGCGGCUUGGGCGCGUCGCUCGAGUGCGGCCACCGCCGGUCGAGCAGCGUGGCCAGCAUCUCUGCGCGCCACCGCGCCCGCGCCGCGCCCUGCCGCGCCACGCCCGCGCUAGGGCUCCGGGCCUGCGCUGCCCGCUCCGCGCUGGAUUUGCCCAUGCGCGCUGAGCGCCGUGCCGAGUCUGAGGUGCGCCUCGCUCUUCAUCUCCAUCUAGAUGCCUCCACCCUUCCAACGUCCCCACAAAGAAACGCAAACACAGCCCACUUCCCUGUGCUGUGCGACUUCUCCUUCUACAUCCUCUCCGUCAUCCUCCUCUUCUUCUUCCUCUUCUUCUUCGCUCUCGACCUCCUCCUCCUUGCCGGUGGCCUGCGUCCAGUGAGCAGCAUCCUCGGCCUCGUCUACGGCGUCCGCCUCGACGAGGACUUUACCCGCUGGCUCGACGUGCUCAAGCUGUUCAGCCUGGACUUGUUCGGCGUCGCCAUCCCCGGCCGCUGCAUCGGAGCCAUGAGCACGCGGCUGCUCGUCGCAGGCAUCUGGCCGUACGCCGCCGUCGCCUUCGUGUCGCUCGCCAUUGUGGCGGUGGCGGCGGUCCUCAACAACAAGCAGACAUUCGACCGCAACCUCGUUGCCCGCGUGCUCUACUGGGCGAUCUUCAUCUUCUACCUGGUGCUGCCUUCCGUCUCGCGAUCCAUCUUCAGCGCGAGGCUGUGCGAGUCCUUUGGCUACGACGACGCCACAGGCCAGCGCAUCAGCUACCUGCUCGCCGACCCGUCGCUCACGUGCGACGCCGGGCCGACGUGGGACGACGAGACGAGCGGACUCGCGCCGUACUUUUGGGCCUUCGUCGCCCUCUGGCCCGUCCUCGUGCCGCUCGGCUUCAUGGCGCUGCUGCUCCGUGUCCGCAAGCCCGUGGCUGCGCAGCGCGCAACGCCGCUCUCUCGUGCGACGAGCUUCCUCUGGCGGGACUACUCUGCCGGCUUCCUCUUCUGGGAGGUGCUCGACCUGGUCCGCAAGAUCUUCCUCACCUCGAUGGUGCUCUUCAUCGAUCAGGAGUACGGCUCCAGGAAGCUGCUGCGCACCGUGGUCGCCGCCAUCGUCUCGGCCACGUUUCUCACUCUGUUAGCGCUCGCCCGCCCCUACCGGCGCUCCGACGACCUCUACCUCGCGUGCGUCGCCAACUUGCUGCUCACCUGCUGCUUCGCGUCGGGAGUGGUCAUCCAGCUCUGCGACAGCACCGAGUACGAAGACAUGUGCUACAAGCUCGUUGGCUACAAGACCUCGCGCAGCGCCACCAUCUUUGUCGUCGUCCUCACCGCCGCCAUGCUCGCCGUCUCAAUAGCCAUCAUCCUCGUAUCGACGGUCAGCGCCGCGAGGGCGAAGACCAUGCGGCUCGCCUCGUCGAAGCGCGAGCCGAUGCGCGACGGCAUCACCCUCGCCGACGGCCAGCAGUGGCACCUCUUCCUCAGCCACGUGUGGAGCACGGGGCAGGACGCCGUCGCCGUCAUCAAGAAUGAGCUCCUGCAGUUCCUCCCCGGAUGCGAGAUCUUCCUCGACGUCGACGACCUCAAGAACAUCGGAGAGCUGGAGGCGUACAUUGGUCGCUCGCAGGUGGUGCUCUGCUUCCUGUCGCGGGGCUACCUGCGCUCGACGAACUGCCUGCGAGAGAUCCGUGCCGCGCUGGAGAAGGGCAAGCCGCUCGUGCUCGUCCACGAGGCAGACCCGGACAAGGGCGGAGGCACGCUCGCCGAGCUGCGAUCGGAAUGCCCCGAGGACCUGCAGGCUGCCAUAUUUGAGGCUGGCUGGCCGAUGGCGGUGUGGCAUCGGAUCGAGGCCUUCCAGCACGUCUCGCUCAAGGUCAUCGCCGAGGCGCUGCUGCUGAAGACGCCAAAGUACGCCAGGAAGAGGUCGCUGCCCCUGUACAUCCCGGGCGAGGUCCGAGCCAAAGACCUCGCCUUCCACAAGCCUGUGGUCCUCUGGGCCUCGACUUUGAACGCCGGGGCGCGAGACCUCGCCGCUGCGGUCGUGGCGGCCGUGGCUGGCGGCAAGAUCUCGAUCACCGCCGCAACGCCCUCGCGCCUCUCCUCGCUGCCUCGCUCGAGCGGUAGCGGCGGUGACGACGACGAGGCGACGCACAUGCUCCUCUACCUGAACAGGGUGACGUGGGCUGGCGAUGGCGCCGAGGCGCUCGCAGAGCAGGUGCGCGCCGCGCGCGAGGCCAGGCUGCCCAUCGUCAUGGCGCACGAGAACGACGCUGUCCGCAACGGCUGCAUCUUUGGCCACUUUUUCGAGGUGACGCCGCGCGACUUGAUUGCCGAUGGGCUGUACAACGACCUCGCCGUCGGCUGCCACUCGGCCCCGCACCGGCAGGUGUCGCUCGCCCUCCUCGCAAACGCGCUCGGCGCAACCAAGCAGACGGCCCAGUCGCGCAUGCGCCGCGUCACUCACGCUCGAGUGACGCAGACCCGCGGCUCCUCUUCAACGACGGAGCCGUCGAAUGGCGACGACGUUGUCGAAGAGUCGUCGGCAACGCAGGCUCGCCAGAUCGUCUGA